AGUCAGCGGAAAGUUUUCUAUAACCGAUUCCAUUCAAAGUUCAAUUAAUAAUGGGGAAGAAGAAGGAGAAGAUACUUCUGUUUCUCGUAUUUGGACUGAUUCUACGUCAGCACCUGGUGAUGGGAUUCAUACCAGGUUUGGCAUUCGUCUACGAUGUACUUGAUAAAAUGAAUGCUAUUCACGAUGUGCACAGCAAGCUCAGUACUCCUUCAAGUGCUGAUCUAAUGGAAGCAACGGAAAAACUAUCUGGAAAGAUUGAUAAAUUAGGACCGCAAAUUAUGGAGCAUAUAGACCGAGCGGUGGAGGCCUUGCUGACACGCUUGCCUCUUCUGGGUGAAAUAACUGGUGAUGUCCGAUUGUUGAACAGUUAUAUCGGGAGAAUUGAUACAUUUUACAACGAAAUGAAGUUAUAUUUGAACCAUUCCGAGUGGUACACCGAGAAAGAUUUGCGUGAACUACUGACUCUUUUUAUAUCUCAUGAUUCGGGUAAAGUAUCCGAUGUAAUUGCUCAGCUGAAUUUUUUAGUUGUGCCACAUCGACUAGCAGCGAUGAAGGAAAGUUUGUUCCUUCUACUUGGCGAGGAGACAAAGGGAAGAGGUGGGGAAAUGUGUGACACUUACGGUCCACCUCAACAACGUCUACUCGAUCUUUAUGACAUUAUUUUAGAAACGGAAAUGAGAUCGUUCCUGAUGACUACCUUCGGCUAUAUAAUGCAAGAUUUCUUGGACAAAGAGAAUUCGACAGGUGGUCUAAAAAGAGCUGAAUCCUCGUAUAUGCACAGAGUGCAGCGAUACGAAGCAGCUGUCAGGCAGGGAAUGAAAAAAUCUUCAAGAACGUUCCGACGUUGCGAUCCUCCUAACUGGGUCCGAGACGAAUCUUUUUAUGAAAUGAAAUCAUUUAGCCCUCCGAAACCCUUGUAUGGUGUGAAUUUGCGACCGAUGGAAGCGGAUACAGAUCGCAAUAUGAUCGUCACUGGCAUCGCAUUCACUAGGAAAAGUUCCUUAUUGGCGCUGCGAGUGGAGGUGGCUGAACUCAAAGCAUCUGGAUAUAUUCUUAAUGAGACUGCAGUUUGGUUAGAGCCAGAAGACAUAGGUUUUGAUUCCGGUAAAUCGCAAUUCUUUCUGAUGGACGACGAGUCCACUAAAUUGGCGACCGACAAGGAUGUUUCUGUUCUUUCUCUGUCUUACAAGAGAAUACAUCUGGAUAAGGUGACAUUACCCCCAGAUGAGGUGGUGACUGGUGUACGAUUUACUCGAAGGGGUAAUGACCACGGAAAACCCAUUCAGUUAGAAAUACGGUCAACCCGUGUUGACUAUGACAAAGGUAUUUUAUAUAGUGAUUCGAAUAAGUGGAUUCAACCGAAGGAACCAGUUUAUGUAAACGGAGAACGAAGAGCUGAGUACAAGGAAACAGAUUUCAGAGGCCCUCAGAACAAUAUGAUGACGUCGAUAGAUGCCGAGCCGAUGUCAUUUAUAGAUUUUGACUGGAGUCAGACAUCCUGGGAUGGAUAUACAACAGCAGUGCCACUUCUAGAUGGAGUACCGGUAAUUGCCGAUCCGCGUACUCCUUUGGCCGGUAUCGCAAUAUAUCACAAGAAAGCAGCGGGAUAUAGCGGAUUUCUUACGUUCGUCUUGGAGGGAUUUGAUAAAUCUAAUUAUAACAUCGAUGUGGGCGCAAACCCCUUCUGAAUUCUUUGUUAUGUUAAAAUUGAUUGUAUCUAUUGUUCUUUCUCACACGAGAAUUUCAUUGGUAUUGUAUCCAUAAUUAUGAGUAUGAUUAAAGCAAUCAACGACUAUCUAAUGUAUUUUUACGCAUAAAGGUGUUAUGUAUUAGUGAAGAUAACGUUUAUUCUGGAAAUUCUAGAAGUUGACGGAAUGCAGGAAAAUAAAUUUUCCUACACC